AUGUCCAUUGGAGCCCUGCCCGUGGAAUUGAUCUCAAAGAUAUGUGACUAUUUGGAUUUCCAGCAAUUGGUCGCUCUGAGGUUAUCAUGCCGCGAAUUGUACAAAAGCUCACUGCAGAAUUUUGCGGGGACCUAUUACCGAAAAAUCCGUUUCAUUGUGACAAGCGAAAGUCUCCACGAACUAGAAGAACUAUCCAAGUCAAAUGGUCUCCGCGAGCACGUCCAAGAGCUAUGGAUGAUCCCUAUUGUAUUCAAUGGUACUGAACAGACCCUCGGCAUGAUCUCUAUAUCAUCAAAAAGCUGCCGGCAGGUCAAUGGCGAUGAGCUAGAAAGUCGACAUGCUGUCCAUAAAGCCAUGCUUGCGGAUAAUCUCAACCUACUGGGAUCAGAAGCGUUCAGUAUUCGACUUCGGGAAUACAGUUCCAUUCCUCGGAAGGCGACAGAUGAUGAACCGGAUUGA